GUCUCCUUGAGGAAGCUCCUGCAAACUGACAGCUGAGAGUUUUUUUUUCUCCAAAUGGAGAAGCCUCUGUUGCUGGACAAUAGUGGCAUGGCUGCUACGUGGCUGUUUAUCGCACAAUGAAUGAUAGUCUUACUAUGAUGUCAAUUAUAUGCUGAACAAGAACAGGAACGGAUCAGGCGUGUCUAUCGAACAGAACAGCUGGAAUCAUGUAUACCACUUUCAGGUGUGCCGGCCAUGAUUACCUCUGGCCUUAGAAGUGAAGCCCCCCAGCAGCAGAGAGGGGGAGGACGGAGUGAGGAGUGAGGACAGCGUGAGAAAUGUCCACCCCGCAGGGCAGCCCAGAGCGGCCUGCCUCGCCCUCAUUCCCAGACGCCGACUCCUGCCUGUGCACUGGCAGCCCUGUCCUCAGCCCGGACUCCACUUCCCAUGAUGCCGUUCUCUCAGCUGCUGCCACCUCACCCUCUGACUCGGAGAACCUCAGCCCAGAGGAGCUGGAGCUGCUGGCCAAGCUGGAGGAGCAGAACAGGCUGCUGGAGAUGGACUCCAAGUCGAUGCGGGCCGUGAGCGGCUCACGCCGCAACUCGGGCUCUCUGCUGGUGUCCAGCUGCUCCGCCUCGUCCAGCCUGUCCCAGCUAGGGGAGGACGCCUGGGUGCUGUGGGGGCGCGUCGUCAGCGAGUGGGACGAGUGGCGGCGGAAGAAGGACAAGCUACUGAAGGAGCUGAUACGGAAGGGCAUCCCACACCACUUCCGGGCCAUCGUCUGGCAGCUGCUAGGCAAUGCCACGGACAUGCCGGUGAAGCAGCAGUACUCGGAGCUGCUGAAAAUGUCGUCCCCGUGCGAGAAGCUGAUCCGCCGCGACAUCGCCCGCACCUAUCCGGAGCACGACUUCUUCAAGGGCCAGGACAGCCUGGGUCAGGAGGUGCUCUUCAACGUCAUGAAGGCCUACUCGUUGGUGGACCGGGAGGUGGGCUACUGUCAAGGCAGCGCCUUCAUCGUGGGACUGCUGCUGAUGCAGAUGCCCGAGGAGGAGGCCUUCUGCGUGUUCGUGCGGCUGAUGCAGGAGUACCGCCUGAGGGAGCUCUUCAAGCCCAGCAUGGCCGAGCUGGGCCUCUGCAUCUACCAGUUUGAGUACCUCCUGCAGGAGCAGCUGCCGGAACUGAACAUGCACUUCCGUUCCCAGAGCUUCCACACCUCCAUGUACGCCUCCUCCUGGUUCCUCACACUCUUCCUCACCUUCCUGCCGUUGCCGGUAGCCACACGCAUCUUCGACAUCUUCAUGUACGAGGGGCUGGAGAUUAUAUUCCGGGUUGGCGUGGCCAUUCUUCAGUACAACCAGACGGACCUCAUCCAGCUGGACAUGGAGGGGAUGUCCCAGCACUUCCAGAAGGUGAUUCCACACCAGUUUGACAGCUGCCCGGACAAGCUAGUGCUCAAAGCCUACCAGGUCAAAUACAACGGCAAGAAGAUGAAGAAGUUGGAAAAGGAAUACACCACCAUUAAGAACAAGGAAAUGGAGGAGCAGAUUGAGAUUAAGAGAUUGAGAACGGAAAACAGGCUGCUCAAGCAGAGGAUAGAAACCCUGGAGAAGGAGAGUGCCUCUUUGGCAGACAGGCUGAUCCAGGGCCAGGUGACGAGGGCCCAAGAGGCUGAGGAGAAUUAUGCCAUCAAGCGGGAGCUGGCAGCGGCUCGGCAGCAGUACAGCUCGGCGAGCGAAAGCCUGGAGAAGGCGCAGAGUACCAUCCGAGAGCUGCAACAGCACCAGAUUACGGAGGAGUUUGUCAGUGGCCUACAGACCCGACUGGGGCAGUCGCGUCAGCGGGAGGUAGAGCUGCUGGCCGCCCUGAAGGACUUGCAGGACAAAGUGCUGAACCUGGAGAAGAGGAGCGGCUCCCUGCCAGACGAGAGGAACGUCACCCAGCUGCAGGAAGAGCUGGAGUUGGCCAAGCUGCAGGAACUGGAGACGCUGCGCUGCUUCCAGGAUGUGCAGGACAUUGUGGCCAAGCUCAACCAGCACUGGCAGCAUUACAUGGCCCGGGGGAGUGGGGCUGGUCACUGGAAAGAGUCGCCCAAGAAGAACGCUGUCAAUGAGCUGAAGGAUCAGCUGGUGGGGACGAAUCAGCGAGAGGCCCAGGCCAAGGCUGAGCUCUGUGAGCUCAGGCAGAUUGCCCUGCAGCUGGAGAAACAGAACCAGAUCCAGAGUAACCUGGCAAACCGGCAGGCACAGGAAGGGACGGCUCUGCAGAAGAUGGUGCGGGAGCUGACGGCGGAGAAGGAGAGCCUGCAGGAGCAGCUCAGGGACAUGAAGAGGAGGCAGGCGGAGUCCAACUAUAAGGGCAAGGAGGAGCUUAUGGAGGUGCGUCUGCGGGAGGCUGAGAGCCUGGCCCUGGUGGCUGAACUGCGGCAGAGGAUCUCAGAGCUGGAGAUCCAGGAGGAAGAAGGCCGCAUCCAGGACCAGCUGACCCACUCAGACUCCAUUGAAAGUGCCACUGAGCUUCACGGCCAGAUUGCAGAGCUGAAGAAUGAGAUCAGGCAGCUUCGUGGACAGCCGCCCAGGUGUCAGGCCCCAGGAAAUGGGAUGCUGCAGGGCCUCUGUCUCACCAGUCGGGCCUCUGGUGAGUGUGACUCUCUCGGCUCUGCAGACGCUCCGCCAUCCGGCACCAGCCCGGCCCCGACGCUCUAUGACUCUUUGCCGGUGGCCCACCGGUCCUCCCUGCGCCUGGACAGCGAGGGGAGCAGUGACGGGGAGGAGGGGUGUAUUUCCGUGAACAACCAGCCCGCAGCGCCCCUGUAUGCUGGCAUGGUGUGCUCUGAGGCCCUGGAUCACUGAGGAGUCGUCUGGAGUGCUGCAGCGUCGUCAUGUUCCUUCCUUAUUGACCCCACACUUGGCCACUGUCUAAUGACACCAGACCAGGAGGCUCCAGCAAGGCUUGGCUGACAGUGGUGGAAAGUUCAGGUCCAGAAAGUACAAAUCCAAACCAAGAUUUUGUUCCAAGCAACCGGCUGAGUACUCUGUGACUGUGACUCUUUUUGGUUAGUUUGGUUAGAUUUGUUCUUUCUGGACCAGAACUUUCCACCUCUGCUGGCUGAAGAUGGAGAUGAAGCACAGAAAGAGCACAGGGUGUUGUGGGGGGGGGGGGCUGCCAGGACACCCCAGCGCUGCUUUGUGCUCAGUGUUCCUCUACAAUCCAGCAUCCCACUGAACGGGACCCCCCCCUCCUCUCCACCCCCCUCCACGUCAAAUGGACUGUAACGUCUACUGUGGACACUCCUGCCAUGUGGAGACAUGAUGAAAAGCAUGACCUCAUGCCUAAACGUACAAAUAAAUAUAUUUAUUUAUCUGUGGGGAUUGUAUACUGAAUUGCUAUGGACUGCAGAUAUACAUACAUUACAAGCACCACUAUAUUCUUAUUUAAUUGUAUCCGUUUUUUGUGUCAAUGGACAGAAGAUAACCACCUGUAAUAUAAUCAGUAAAAGACGUUGCCGAAUCUCUUACGUAUAUAUGCACUCCUAUUUACUUGUAUAUUUUUAUAUCUGUAUAGAUAUAUUUAUGAUUACGUGACAUUAAGCCAGACUUUUGAUUCUUUAUUUUCGUUGCUGCUCUGUGCCAGCGGACGUUUCUGUGGAUGUUUCCUGUUCGGAAGGCACUCGGACUCGAACGUGCUUUUUGAAUUCAUCAAGCACAGAUUCACGUCUGCCCCCCCCCCCCCCCCCGUGUGGCUCUGUGAAAGCUCAUUGAUGGGGAGAUGUAGCCCCCGGAACAGGUAUCCACAGACAUGGUGUAAAAGUUGACUGGUUACAGUCAUCUCUCAGCUUAGCAUCGACUGGUAACAGUGGCAGCAGUGGUACCUGCUUCAGAGGUGGGUAGUUCUGGUCCAGAAAGUAAAUCUCCCGGCCAAGAUUUUGUGUCAGCCAACCAGCUGAGUACUCUGUGAUUCUUUAUACUCAGCAAGUUGGUUGAUACAAAAUCUUGGUCCGGAUUUUUACUUUCUGGGCCUGAACUAUCCACCUCUGUACUGUUUAUUAAGGCUUGGGAUUUUUUUCAGAAUAUCAGUCUUUAGGCUUCUACCCACCUGUACCACGGUUCUGCUCUCACUUGUGCAAAAAUUGUGCAAUAACUAACUGGAAUUUCAUAAGGAGUCUAUGAAGACGUAUUAUUCCUGUGUCAUAUCCUGAUAUCUAUACAGAUGCCAUCUGAUUCCGUAGCGACUCCUGUUUCUGGAUCUGUUUGUAUGUCCUUUUCUUGUGCUAGUUUUAUGUAUCUACAGAUCACACAAUUGUAAACAUCUGAAUUGACUGACGGAUUGAGUGGCUGAUGAAGAAGGAAGACAAAUGCUGGAAAUGUGUCUUGAAUGGGUGUCUUUGACAUCAUAUUCUACAAAAGAGGUUCAAAUGACUAGAAAUUGAACGGAUUAUGAGGCUUUUUUGUCAGCAUAUUUGUAUGAAUUUUGUGGUUUCCUUUUAAUGUAGGUCAACAUCCAUUCCAACCUGAGCGCACAGUCCUCGCAGAUGUGUCCACCAUUCUUGGCUCAGUUGUGUCUAAAGCUGGCAGGACUAUGCUCACCCAUUCUGUCACUUACUGCCAAAAAACUGAAAGCUCCAUGUGACCAUGAUUGAGUACCUCACUGUUCUGAAAGUUACGGGUUGGGCCACUGUUGGCGAUGCUUGUCAAAUAAGAUGGAUGUCAAGUUGCCGAAACAAAGCUGUGGUUUGAUAUGUAUCACCAAACUUCACCUUGCUGGUGGUUUCCUGAUGAUCCGCGUGGGUAAAAUAUGUUGAUGGCCGGAAACCAAACAUCCAUAUCUGUCUUCUAACUGCUUGAUCUGGUUGGGCUUGUGGGGAUGCCAGGCAGGGGCGUCUCUUGAGAUUUUGCGCCCAACGAAAGUAUAUCAUGUUAGGUUAAUGUUGUACCUUUCCACCCCCUUACGGCAGAGUAGAACUGGCAGGAGGCAAAAGCACACAAACUUACGCUCAUGCACCGUGAACAAUUCAGCCUCAUUAGCCUAACCGCUUGUCUUUGGACUGUCAGAGGAAAUUGAAGUACCUUGAGGAAGCCCAUGGGAGAUGCUAAAUCCACACAUGCAGCGGAGGGGUGAUUCAAACCAGCAAGAGGGAUGACGUAACCAUUUAAGCGUCUGGGGGGGGUUUAUAUGCACUACCGCCAUUGUGAAGUGUCUCUCCCUUCAUGUGUGCUGCAACACCAUGCAGCUGUUUAGAAAUAUUAGAAACUUGAAAGGUUCCAUAUUGACUUGAGAAUUUUCUGUCAGAGUAUUCCAGUCACUUCAGUGCUACAAGGAGGGAUGGUUGUCUGGUAUCAUCCAUGGUAUAACUGUAACAGUAAAGCAAUAAUGGGUAUAGUUAGAGAUAUCGUAUUUAUUUGUUACAUAUUUGCUGCUAUGAUGUUUGAUUUUGUGGUAUAAACUGAGAGCCUGGUAUCCGAAAAACAACCUACAUAUUGCCCUGUUUCUUGCAGUACUGCCACGUGGUUUUUUAAUGGAAAUUAGUCUGAUUGUGAUGAUGAUGAUGAUGAUGAUGAUGAGGAUAACAUCGACGAUGACGAUAUUCAUGGCGUAUUUCGGUGUUCUGUACACAGUGUCACAUGAAAUAAAAUCAAUACUAUAAAGUAUCAUAAACGAA